UGUUGAGCGUCUUCGGUAAAGGGCUAUCAUCCAAUUUACUUGACUACUUCCAACUACCACCUUAACCCGCCAUGGAUGUCCACGUCGUCUCCAAACUUGAUAACCGACAACAUGCAACCAUGCAGGUCACAGCACCAACCGAUCCCUUAAAGCCAUCUUCAAUCCGCGUCCGCACCACUCUCAUCGGCCUCACCUCGAAUAACCUCACCUACGCCAUGGGAGGCUCGUUUCUUGGAUGGUGGGAUGCAUACCCCCUCCUAGCCUGUUGCGAUGCCCCCUACGAUAAUCAAACGUGGGGUAUAGUACCAGCGUGGGGCUUCGCAACGGUGCUCGAAACGACGAUUUCUGAGAUUCCAGCAGGAACUACUGUCUAUGGACUCUGGCCCACCUCCGCCUGCCCAGUUGACCUGGAGUUAGUUCCUACAGUGCCAGCGGGACACUGGCAGGAAGUCUCGCCGCACCGGCAGAAACUGGCUUCCUUCUACAACCGGUAUACUGUCAUUGAUUUGACGAGCCAGAGCCUUGAAAACUUCGCUUGGGAUGCUGUUGUAUAUCCGACCUGGGGCGCAGGCUACAUUCUUAGCGAAUACGUUUUCAGUCCGGAUCCCGCGACUCGUCCGGGCAUACAUCCGCUCGGAGCAGCUGGAGGGGAUUGGUCAUUCGAGGACGCGGAUCUCAGAAAGACGAUUUUCAUUAAUCUUGCAGCAUCUACCAAAACUGCCCGCGGGACAGCGUACAAUCUCUUCCAGAGGCCAGCACGAUCUGGACCGCUCGGCUUGUUACAAAUCACCUCUUCGCCCGGACCGCUUUCUGAAGCGGCGAGAAAUAUGGCUCCACCGUUCCCGACGAAAACUGUGCUCUACGAGGAUAUCCCCAAGUCUGCGGAGUGGAUUGCAAGCAUCGAGCCUACACUGGAACGAAUCGUCAUUGCGGACUUUGGGGGCCGAGACGGUGCACUGGAUACACUUGUCAAGACCAUCCAGGAAAGCACGGAGCUGCGGUCGCUUAAGCUGACCAUCAUUGCAGUGGGAAACCAGCAAAAGAUUUACACAAUCCCCGAAAUCAUGGCCAUGCAGGCCUCGCACGCAUCGAUAAAAGUCCAGAUGAACACAUCCGGGGUCCAGGAUUGUGCGUUGCAGAUUCCCGAGCCAAAGGCAUACUUUGACGAGCUGCAUCAGCGCUGGACACAAUGGCUUGAUAACCGCAGAGCCGCUGCUCCCGAUCUCCGUCUCGUCUGGGGAGACGGCAUCGCUGGUACGAGUGGGGUUGAGGGCGGAUGGGACGCGCUCUGCCAGGGUAAAGUCAAGCCUGAGGAGGCGCUGGUGUAUCGGGUGUAGUGGCCUGCUUUUGUAGGGAGUCUUGGAUGAAAGCUUGCGCGUAUUUAGAAGGUAAAAUAUGGUACAUAAAAGCACCCACCGGUAUAUAACCUUAGUAUUUAUAUGCGGGGCAAGAACCUCCCGAGAAACCUCCGAGUCUCUGAAGGCGGGCCAAGCCUCUUGGUUUCGAGUUUCCCUACAUCAGCGCUACCACCUGCCAAUCUCAGUGGUGAAUUUAGCCAAAAUAGCUGCCAGCCGGUUAUAUUGGUCCGUCCGUAUGAUGAUCUAUCGAAACAGAAACCCCCGUGACGGCGGCUCAACCUGCCUACCUGGGUCAACCGUCCAGC